AUGUCUGACAAUUAUUCGGAUGAUGACUUAUACACUGUUGAUUCCGGCGAAUCGAUAGGUUGGAUUGAUUUUUUGAACUUGAGCGAGGAGGAGGUUCUCCGCUUUAAUUUCACAGAUGUUUACAUUGCAUUUGAGUUCUACCAGCAAUAUGCAAAGCACCAUGGCUUCGGCGCGAGACGUUUCAGAAGUGAAAAACGUGGUGAAUUAAGGAUACGGCAGGAGUUCGUGUGCCACCGACAAGGGUACCGAUCCCCGAAGUUCUACUCGAUGCCUAACCAGCAGAAGAGGCCGAGGGCCGAGACACGGUGUGGAUGCCCUGCAAGGAUGCUACUUUGCAUGGACGAUGAAUCAGGACGUUGGUGCGUUGCGUACUUUUCAGACGCGCAUAACCACCACGUUCUUGAGUUGCGAUUUUCUUCCAUGCUCCCAGGCCAUCGAAGGAUGAGCGAAGCGGACAUCGAGCAGAUGAACGACAUGCGUAAAGGAAGCAUUGGCGUCUCGCGAAUCCAUGGUUUUAUGGCGAGCCUAGCCGGCGGGUAUCAUAAUGUCCCGUACACAACAAGGGACAUGCACAAUGUAUUUGGAGACGUGGUCGCAUUUGAUGCAACGUACAAGAAAAAUGUUUACCUUUCACCUCUUGUAGUGUUCUCCGAUGUGAAUCACCACAACCAAACAGUUGUCUUUGCCGCUGCACUAGUGGCAGACGAGAAAGAAAAGACCUAUGUCUGGCUGCUUCAACAGUUGCAAACCUCAAUGAAAGGGAAGGCUCCCGCAUCCAUAAUAACCGACGGUGACAGGCAAAUGAAGUCUGCGAUCGAGCAAGUUUUUCUAGAGGCUCACCAUCGACUAUGUGCUUGGCAUCUACUCCGAAACGCCACGAGCAACAUCGGAAAGCCUAAAUUCACCAGGAUGUUUAGGGAUUGCAUGCUUGGCGACUACGAGGUCGGAACAUUCCAGAGAAAGUGGUUUGAGAUGGUUGAGAAAUUUGGCGUCGCCGAUAAAAUAUGGGUACAAGACAUGUACGAGAGAAGGUACAGUUGGGCCACAGCACACAUACGAGGAAAGUUCUUUGCCGGAUUUCGCACAACCUCAAGGUGCGAGGGCUUACACGCUGUGAUAUCACGGUAUGUUAAGUCUCGAUACAGUUACACUGAUUUUUUAUGUCAUUUCCAUCGAUGCUUGAUGUUCGUGCGUGCAAAGAAAAUAGAGGCUGAUUUCGAGUGUGCAAAUGGUGACCCUAUUAUGACCACCAACCUGAAACAGUUGGAGCGGGGUGCAGCCGAGAACUACACUCGGACAAUAUUCUAUUUGUUUGUUCACAUUCUUGACAGGGCCUGUGCAAUGAGGGUGGUUGAUUCUGAAGACAACGGUUCGUAUUUUAUCCACACCGUCUCUCGAUACGGCACUCCAGGGAAGGAUUGGCGUGUUGUUGCAACGUCUGAUAUGAGCGAAGUCCGAUGCACGUGCAUGAGAAUGGAAUGUUUCGGGGUCCCCUGCGAACAUAUAAUUGCGGUGCUUGUUCUUAACAAUGUUCAUGAGAUCCCAAGUUCUCUGAUAUUGCCGAGAUGGACCAAGGAUCACUUCGAGAACGAACAUGCAGCAGACACCAGUUUUUCACCCGAGGGGCCACCCACUGCGGGUGGCAGAGCCCCGGCACGGAAUCCACCCAAGCGCAAUACAAAGGGUAACGGUGAUGACGGUGGAAAGAAAACCAAGCGAUGUCGUUUGUGCCGCGAGGUGGGACAUAAUAGGACGACGUGUCCGGACCGCCGCACAAUGGAGUCAUCUAGCGCAGUUGCAGAUGAAAUGGAUUCGAUGGACACUGACAUGCUCUAUGAUAACCUAUCGGGGGAUCUGUAUGCGACUGCGGAGAUUCCUUCGUUCCGAUGCUCCGACAGUGACACGCAGGCUGGGUUUGUUGACAGUGACUUCGCUGGGACUAACACGUCCGGGCCAGUCAUGUCUCUCGCCGAUUGA